UUUACAAAUGACUUAUAAGAUCACUGUCACACACUCACACUCUCCAAGCUGAAACCAAGCAGCAGAACUAUGACAGAAGAUGAUCACCACCACCACCGUCAAAACCCACCGCCAACAAACCCACCGACACCUCCUCAGCCGACCAAAUUCCCAAGUCAAAUCAGCAACCAUUUCAAACCAACAUCGAAUAAUAAUAAUAAACAUUACCCAAACCCACCUGAAAUAACAAACCCAGAUGCAGCAACUUUAAGAGAACAAUGGAAAUUCGCAAUCAGACAAUACAGUAAAUGGUAUUCACACGCUUGGGGCACUGCUAUUCUUGCUGGCCUUUCUUUCUUUGCUCUUGGCUGGGUUAUUAAGGGAGAAAAUCCUAUUCCUUCUUUUCAUUCUCCUCAAAACGACGACGUUUCUGAUUCCAAAACCACUAACUCUACUGAUUCUGCUAACCCAAAUCCCCGGCCUUAAAUCUAAUGUGAGCGUUGUUACAAACUAUGAGGAGAAGCUCAAAAAAAGGAAGAACCUUCACUAGUCUCUACUUGUAUAGUGUAAUAUGAAAGCCAACAAAGACGUUAUUAAUUCACUUUUGUAAGUCAGCUUGUUUAUGCACUUUUGCCUAAAACUUUGCUCUGUUAGUUGUUCAUGUUUUGACAUUCGAUGCAACUAUCUCAACUUUUGCUUAUGCUGUUUGUUGAGGUUUUUUCAUUGUUAGGUCCUUUUUUUUCAUUUAUGUAGUGUUUACCUGGAUUAACCUUUGUCUACUUAUACAUCAAUAAAAGCAGUAACAGUUGAAUUUGUA